CUUCGCUUUUGAGAAGUCUAACAAAUUGUGAUGAGGCGUGUUGGGACACGUUACGACAUCUUCCCACAAGACUCUUUCAUUAAGAAUAACACAGUCAUGUUCUUUCUCUGCCCAAACACAAACACUUAGAACUUUAAUAGGAUUUGGGAACAACGAGUUGUCUCAGAGAGUGAUUAGUUCAUUUUGUGUUCACUGCAGAUGCACAGCAACAUCCCCGUAGGUUCUGUACAAGAAACAGAAACGAUUAGUUCACUGCUCGAGUCUUCGGGUUCGAGUCGUUUGUUCAUCAUGUCACAGCCCCACUACAUUCAGCCUAUGGAGAUGUGAUGUGAUGAACGAAUGAGUCAAGUGGUGAACUAAUCAAUUCUCUUUCUGGUACUGCAUGGUGCAUUGACUAUGGGGCAGUCAUGGGAUGAACGAAUUACUCGAACCCGAAAACCCGAGAGCUGAACUGAUCAUUUCCAUUUCCUGGGAACAGACGUGACAAACGUGACAUGACAAAAGAAUGAACGACUCAGAUCAGGAGAUUUGACAGAACAUGGGAUCAUCUUCAUCCAAACCAGAAUUCAUCAUGGUUCUGGCUUAUAAGCAAGUAAAAAGUGGAGAAACCAUUACUCUUUGCUGCAAGGCAAGCACAGAACAUGUAACAGCAACAUGGAAAAAGAAUGACCGGAAAUUGUGUUGUGUUGAAGACAAGCACUUUGUUGAAAAAGAAGCAACAAAGUUUUCCUUGAAAAUUGUCAGUGCUGAAGAGGCUGAUGAUGGGAAAUACACCAUAAACCUGAAGAAUUGUAAGGGUGAGAUUUCCUGCUCUUCCCAUGUCAGAGUUGAACUCAUGGAAUGGAGGAAAUUGGAUUUAAAUCGAGAGAGAUUGUUCAAUACUCUAAAAACAUUUAAAAUAUGUAAUGAAGUCCCAGAACUCCACUUCCUGCUGUAUGGACCAGUUGGAGCAGGAAAGUCCAGCACCAUAAACACCAUCAGAACCAUUUUUGAAGGACAUCAGUAUAUUGAGUGUCUGGCUGCUGCAUUGUCUGAGAAGAGUCAAACUAAAUAUUUUGACAGAUUUGAAGUUCCAAAAGAAAUGGGAUCUUUUCCUUUUGCCUUCUACGACAUAAUGGGUCUGCAAGCAAACAAAGGUGUGCACACGAAUGAUAUCAUCAGUGCUUUAAAAGGUCACAUGAAAGCUGGUUACAUGUGCACCCCCAAAACCCCAUUAUCUGAUGACAGCAAAUAUUACCUAAAAAGUCCUAGCUUAAGUGAUCAGAUGCACUGUCUGCUGUGCAUUAUACCUGCAGACACAUUUGGAUUAAUGGGAAAUGAUUUCCUCGAACAGUUUAAGACUGUCAGCGAAGCAACACGUAACUUGGAUAUGAACUGGCGUAUGAUGCAUGCAUACAAAUUUCCGAUCAAUUCCAACCUGACACCCUUGACACUGCUCAGAUUGUGUUUACAGGAUUAUGAAGGAGUCCCUGAAGCGGUUUUGAUGACAAAAGUAGACAAGGCAUGUGUAAUGACAAGGGAUUGUUUGCGCAACAUCUACAAAAGCAAGAAGAUCAGGGAGAAAAUGCGCGAAUACAGUAGCAGCCUGGUGUCCCAGUGAAUCGUAUAUUCCCUGUCUGGAACUAUCAUGAGGAGACUCACAUGAAAGAGGAUAUAAACUGCUUGAUGCUGGAAGCUUUGACACAUGUUGUACACUGUGCUAAUGAAUAUGUGAAAAACGUUACUAAAGGAGUGUAAAAGGGUGAAAGUUCUCAGUAAUAGAAUGAGAAUUUAAAAAAAAAAAAAUACAACUGUUUAUAAAUAUUCCAGUGUACUGUUUCUUCUUUUUAGCAGGAGCUCCAUGUCUGAAUUCAAUGCCUGAAUCUAGCCAAUGAUAUCAAAAUAAUAUCAGGAGCUAAAGUUAAAGCUUUAGGCAGCUGCGUGUCUGGUAUUGUGUACAAUAUCACAAAACAUUUAUACAGUGCUGUAAAAAAAUAUUUGUCCCAUCCUGAUUUCUUCUGGUUUUGUAUAUAUCUUAUGUUGUAUUUUGUUUGAAGAUACAUAAAAUGACUUAUUACAAAAAUAUUAAAUAGUGUAAUGAUUUUAAUGUUAUGGUGACUGAAACGAUUGAAUGGAAAUGCUACAUUACUUUCACUAUUUUAGUGUGUGAAUUAUUGGUGUCAUUUUUAUGGUAUAUUAUAUAUAUAUGUUUGAUGACAAAUAAAAUGUCAAAAUAUA